UCUAGAUCUAGAUCUAGAUUCUAUCUACUAUCUAGAUUCUAGAUGGAUCUAAAUUAUUCUAAAUCUUGAUUUUAAUAACUUAAUUAAAUUACUUUAAAAAAAAUGAAUGCUCAGGAGUGGCAGAAAUUGAGGAAGAACUGGAGUAAACUCCUGCGAGUUCCUUCUAAAGAAAUCUGCAUUUAUCUUUUUCAGAUUGAGGUUCUCUCUUACAAUGACAAAGAAAAAGUCCAGAAAGCUGGCACCACUGCUGAUGAAAUGGAACAGCUUCUAAUCAUUUUGAACAAGAAAAAGAAUGGUUUUAGAUACCUGAUGGAAGCUAUGGAAAAAGAUCCAGAAUUAAAAUACUUAGUUGAUGAGAUAACCAACACAGAAAGCUCAGCUGAUAGCUCCCUAUGUUUUGAAAGGGAUUCCCUCAUGGUUCAUGAAAAAGUCAGAGAUACCUUACAUAAGUUCUUAACAAACAAAGUAGGAGAAAUUGUAUCGUUAGCUGAUGUAAGGGAAAUAUUAGAUUCCCAGGGUGUGUUUCUCCACCAUAACCAGUGGUCAAACACAGAAAUUUCAAAUUUUAUAAAAAAUGAAUUUGUUGGCGUAGAGGUCAUUCAAGAAAAGAGAAGGGAGAGAAAGAAAGCUAAGCCUGUCAUAUCCUUCAAGAAUUUAGGUAUUGUUCGCCCCCAAGAACAGGCAGCAGGCCAGGUGCAACAGGAACCUGCAGAGAGGAAACUCAGAGAUAUGAAACCUUCGGAGCUAAGAAACUACCUUACCACACAAUUUACUCAAAAUGAUUACAAUACUGAAGAACUUGCCAACUUUGAAACAGAAGGCAUAUCUGGAAAAAUCUUCAUAACAAUGAAAGAGGAAGAUUUUGUUACAAUUUUACCCUCAUCAAACUUUGGUAUGAAAAGAUUGCUAACCAUGUUGAUAAAAGACAAUUUAGAAACUGAUUCUUCUGAAAUGCAAAGAAAAAGCGAAGAGGUUGUUCUUCCUGAUCAUUUCCGUAGUUUUGACCAUGAUGUCGAGGUCACAGACAAAUAUAAUUUAGGUCAUUGUGUGGAUGUUUCAUUGAACGCAAGAGGCAAGAAAACAACACCAAUACGGAGGUUUCAUUUAAUAGAAGGAGAAGAUGCGGACACUGUCUUGGAGUUGAUGGCAGCUGAAGUAGUUCCUUUUGCAUCAGCGUGUCUCAAUGACAGAAGAAAUGGUACAAUUUUCUUCGGUAUUUCCCCAUGGGCAUCUGAAAAGCACAAAGCUGGGGAAAUAGUUGGAAUGAGCUUGGAUAAAACAGAAUGUCAGAUGGAGAUCAAUAGUUUUCUAAAAAAAUCUUUUGCCGACAGUCAGAAAAAUAUUAUUUCUAGUACAGUUAGAGACGCCAGAUUUAUACCAGUCGUUGGCAGAAAUCAGGCUCAGAAUUUUGUUGUUGAGGUUGAUGUUGUACCCACAAGUGUUGUUUUAGAUAAAGCUAUAAUUAGGACAAAGCUGAAGCACCUACCGAACCAUACCAAAAAUCAUAAGGAAAAAACAGCAGUUUUUAGAUUCUCUGAAGACGGUGAACCCAUGGUUGCAUCUGCUGAAAAUUUGAUAGACUAUGAAAGAGACCAACAGCGUAUUAUUGAGCAAAGAAAACAAGAAGAAAGUCUUCAAAGCUGUGAACCACCAGCUAAUCUAAGAAUAAAGUUACGCAACUGGUUAACAGGAGGGCCUGAAGUUAUUGAAGAUGGUGUCUAUUUUUUCUUAGUGACAAGUCCCAUUGAUAGCCACAUGCAUCAGGAGUAUCUACUGCAAAACAUGAACUUCAUCAAAAAGCUGGACCCUGAAGUUGUAUUUGACUUUGACCCCAAGGGAUCUACAGAUGGCCUUUACCAUAAUUUAGACAGCCAACAAAAUGAAGAGAUGAGGGUCCUAACCACUGAUAACUUUGAUAGAAAUCUUAUACCAAAACUUGAGGAUUAUAACAGUUUUGUAGAUAGCCUUGGUAAUGAAAAUCGCAUUUCUUGGAUAUUUUGCAAUGGUUAUGAGGCAAUGAAUUUCCUUGAAAUGGAACCAAAAAACUGGAAUAAGAACAGAAGAACUGCAUUCCAGAAUACUUUAAAUGUGUAUAAAGAUAAUUUUGAUGUUGACAGGAUAAUUAUAAUCAUCUUCUUGUUUUCCAAGAACUACAGCGCCACGAUCGAGGCCUGUGAUGAAAUUUUGACUAAAUUUCCUGAACAGUGGGUUCUCAUUGCAGAAACAGAAAACAUAGCCAAGCUCUGGAAAGACCAGAUGUUGUCUCGGUGUAGAGUGGAUAAAGCAGAUCUAGACAGAUGCGUCGUGGGCAUGCCAUGGCAUCAAGUCAAUGAAACAGUUAACAAUAUGAUAGUGAAACAAGACACAAAUAAAUGCACCUUACCCUGCUCUAACGGAGCUUUAGUAGAGGUGAAACAGAAGAAACUUAAAGACUGGAGUGACAUUGAUUUGCUUUCCGCAGGAGAGUUUGAAAUUUCUGAGGACAAAAAAGAAGUGAAGAAUAAAAUGAAACAAGCAGAGGAAAACUUUUAUAGAGGUGAGCAGGUUAGCUGGUUAAAUUUCUACUUUCAUGAUCAGGUUUUGAAACGACGUAUUCAUGAUGAGUUCAAGGUGUCAGUUGACGCCGCUCUUAAUGAAAAGGGAGAAGAAGAUAAAGUUACCACAGUGGUAUUGAUGCAUCAACCAGGGUCAGGGGGGACAACUUCAGCGAGACAGAUACUUUGGGAUUUGCGCAAACAGUACAGAUGCUGUGUUGUUAACACAAUUACUGACCAGACAGGGGAACAGUUAGAUGAGAUUAGAGCAUAUGAUGACAAAACUCCAAGACCGCUGCUGGUUCUGAUAGACAAUGAAGAUGAAGAUAAAUAUAUUAUGCUUAGAGAAAAGCUGGAGGAGCGGGGAAGAAGACGGUGGAGGGAUGAAGAUGAGCAUCCAUUUCAAGUUUACUGUACAAUCAUUUUAUGUGUUAGAAGAGCAUCUUUACCAAAACAGUUGAAAAGUAAAAUUAUCUCCCUGCGCCAAGAACUCUCACGUGAGGAACUACACUGGUUUAAAGAAAAAAAUGAAAAACUCACCUCACAAUUUGAAAAAAAUAAAGAAAAACAUGUCAAUCCUAAAUUUCUAAUUUCAUUCAAUAUCUUAAGAAAGAACUUCGACAAGGAUUAUGUUUCUAAAGUAGUGAAAGAGUUUUCUGAUGACGUAAAGGAACCUAAGGAAGUGAAGCUCUUGACUAUAGUUUCACUGUUAAACAACUAUGAUCCUGAUUUCAAGCCCAUUCGAGUGUCGUGCCUAGAUAGAAUUAUCUAUGAGCAACGAGGACAUAGACAAGUAAAGCCAUAUUCGAGAAACAUCAGCUGGGAAGCUAACCUCAGCCAAGCUGUCAAAGUACUUCUCAAUUUGUCUUCAAACAAAAACCACCCGGGGAGAGCAAGAAAAUCAUUAAGAGUCUUUAAUAAAAUAAUUGCUCUUGAAAUUUUAAAUAAAAUGAAAGAACGCACAAAUCAAAGUGAAAGUGAAAUUAUGCAUCAGCUAAUGAACUCUGGGGUAUUUGAUCAAACCAGCUACGAUGCCAAACACCUUCAGUCUGUCAUUAACAGUGUCAUGAAAAAGCGCGAGUUCAUGCCUGACGGGAAAAAAAAGCACAAAUUUUCACAGUUCAUAUUAACUGUCCAAAAAAACGAGGCAGCAGAAACAGCUGUGGGGCUAUUGGUUGAUUUAUUUGAGUUAAACCAUGAUCCUUUUACGGCCCAGCUUAUAGCCAGGUUUUACAUAGAGUUAAAAAACUGGGACAAGGCUGAAUAUUUUGCUAAAAGAGCCACAGGAAUGCUCCCGAAUUGUUCUUUUCUCUGGGACACGUAUGGCCAGGUUUUUAAGAACCAAAUGUAUAACAAAAUAGAUUCACAGAAAUCUCUGGAUAAAGCUGAGGGAUUUGCAGAGAAAGAAAUUCAUGAGCUAAUUCAACUUGCUGAAAAAUGCAUUGAUUGUUUUAGACAUGAGCAAAGGAAAAGUGAGCGUGAAGUGACCACUAAUGGAGAAAACAAUUUCGCUGGUUAUUUUGGGGAACUACGCGCAAUAGUUAUUCUGUUAAGUGCCUUAGAGCUUUGCCCAACUUUCAGUAAGGGUAAUUUACAUGACUUCUUAGUUGAUCCUAAUUACCAACUAAGCUGUUUUGAUAAAAGUGAGACUGAGUUUUUGAAACAUCUUGAAAAAUAUUCAAGUGAAGCCAUGCGGAGAUUGGAUGAGGAAUAUCUUCAAAUGAAAGGCAGCAUCAACUUAGAUGUCAUAACACCCAAUGCUGAUUUUAACAAAAAGUCCCUACUUGGUUUAAAGGAGAAUUUGGAUGCUCAUUUUGGUGAAACAACUGAUGUUGCACCACUCAAUCUUAAUGAAGAAGACAAGUGUGAAUACCGCUAUAGGCGAGCGAGAAAUUUGGGCGCCACAUCACUCCACCUCUUGCUUAAAAUGAGACAAGAACGGAAGCAAGAUACACUUUUAAGUAUCUAUGAUCUUCUCCUGAAAAAUGUUAAUUCAGCUUCAUGCAGAUUUGACGAUCUGCGAGCAAUGCUGGACACAGUGACAGUUCUUUUAUUGGAUGAUGAACCACCACCAGGACUAAAAUAUGAGAAUAUCUUAGAAUGGAGCAAAAAACUAUACCUUGAAAGCAAACCAUCUGAAACGAAUCGUUGGUAUUUAGAACCCUAUUUAUAUUUCGUUCUCUACAACUUUCCUACUCAAGAACGACAAGAGUAUGAACUCUGUCUACCUAUUAACCUAAUAAAUGCUCUUACUAAAUGGCAUGAGGCAUUUAAAACUAAUUAUCCCAAAUUUGAGCGUGAACAGCUUCGAAUAAAAAGAAAAGACACAACUCUCUUCUUUCUUGGAAAUGGGAGACCAUUAUAUGACAUUGUACACCAGGACUCGCUAGAAGUUAUGAAUGACGCAUCCCUCAGAGAAAAAUGGCGUCUACCAGGUGUGCGAGAAAAGCUGCAGCUCCAAACUGGUCUUCUGCAACAUGGAGGUGAAAAUAUAACUUACAACAUUAAAACUAAAGAGGGAAAUAAUUUUGAAAUCAUUAUUCCAACAUCUCAUAAAGUCACCAAACGGAAUAUGUGGCAGAAAAAAGUUUAUUUUUACAUUGGAUUCAGCUUUUCAGGACCAAGAGGGUUUGGCAUCUCACUUGAAGAACCACCCAAAGCCGGAGCAGUCCCAUUGCGUGUUAAGGCAACAACUAUUGUUAAUACAAGUCGAUUGCAGAAACAAAUUCCUAGUAAUCUUCCAAUACUUAUAGUACAGCGCUUUGACAUUCUAAGAAAAAUAGAGCAAGCGAGGUACCAUCCAAGGCUUAAAGAUGAUUUGGUGAAAAGAAAGCAAGAAAUUGAGAAAGAAAUUGACCUUCUUGUUGGAAAGUUUUAA